ACACCAGGCCUAUUGUCAGAUCAGCUGACAUCAUGCCCUGUGCAAGGAGGGCAGAGCGCUGGGUCAUUGUCAAGUGGAGCCGACUCGGAGGAAAACAUCAAAAUGAGGUUUGCUGUCGUCCUGCUCGGCGUCUUUGGAUUCUCUUUGAAUCGCUCUUCAGCCACACAGGUUGGUCUCACGGAUAAAGUCCUGGUCUUCCCUUAUGAGACAGACUUCAGCUUCGUGACCCUGGUCCCACAGAAGGACAUGGGGCUGAAGGCCUUCACCCUGUGCAUGCGCGUGGCCACGGAGCUGCCCGAGGAACGCCAGAUCAUCCUGUUCGCCUACCGCACGGCCGACUACGACGAGCUCAACGUGUGGCGCGAGAAGGACGGCCGCGUUUCCUUCUACAUGAGCGGAGACGGCAGCUUCUUCCACCUGCCGCCUCUCGCCACCUUCCGCACCAGCCUCUGCCUGACCUGGGAGUCCCGCGGCGGCCUCACCGCCUUCUGGGUGGACGGCAGGCGCAGCACGUACCAGGUGUACAAGCCCGGGCACAGCAUCCGCCCCAAGGGCACCGUCCUCCUGGGCCAGGACCCGGACAAGCACCUCGGGGGCUUGGAGGCCGUGCAGAGCUUCGUCGGGGAGGUGACGGAUCUGAACAUGUGGGACUUUGUUCUGUCCAGGAGCAUGAUCCAGGCCUGGCACUACGGACACAAGGUACCUAAGGGAAACAUCUUUGACUGGGCCACUAUGGAGUAUGAGGUGAGUGGGAACGUGAUGGUGGUGGAUGAUGACUGACUCGUGGAGGCACAUGAAGAGGGGAAUGAGGCCUUACAGGUCUGUGUUGGACUGAUGCUGAUGUGUCUGCUUUUCAUUCUUAGAUGUAUUUUUAUGUGUUAGAGCUGCUCCUCCAUACGCAGAAAUUACUACAGUACUACUACUAUUACACAGUAAUACACGCCAGUUCACUCACUCCUUUACAGGUUUAUAGUCAUUCACUCACAUAUGGGUAUUUCACUAAUCUUUGGAGGCUGGAGCCCCGAGUGCUGAUGUGCCAGGUGCCUCCAUAGGGUGGCAGUCUGUACCAGCUCCCGUCAAACAGAACCUCCCAUCGAACGGGCCUCCAUCGCUCACACAUCCGCAGCACACGCCACAGAUCCCUGAUAGAAAUGUUUGAUGCCAGUGUUAAAACUCAGCGGAGGAAAAAUGUCAGAUGACUAAGAAAUCAGCUCACAUUACUGUGACUGUGACGCAUUUGAGGCUGAAUCACAUUAGACCUGAUACAUUUUAAUGAGUCAAAUGAAAACACAACGGA